UUGCGCAUGCGUAGUAGCACACUCCCUGCUUCCAGUACCGCGUGGUAAGAAGUUCGUGUGCUCUGCUAAAGGAGCACGCGCUCGAUCAGGGAGCCAAAUUAGUUUGUGUAGGUAGAAUAUACACCGUUAAAAUGCUAGUUUUAUUCGAAACAGCUGCCGGCUAUGCCAUAUUUAAGGUGCUGGACGAGCAGAAGCUGCAGCAGGUGGACAGCCUGUGGAAGGAGUUUGAAACACCAGAGAAAGCCAAUAAAAUAGUAAAACUGAAGCACUUCGAAAAGUUUCAGGACACAACCGAAGCUCUGGCAGCGGCCACCGCUUUAGUGGAGGGGAAAAUCGGAAAGACGUUGAAGAAGGUGCUAAAGAAAGUUGUGGCCAAAGAGGCUCAUGAGCAGCUGGCAAUAACGGACGCUAAGCUCGGUGGAGUCAUUAAGGACAAGCUGAACCUGAGCUGUGUGCACAGUCCUGCUGUGGCUGAGCUCAUGAGGGGCAUCAGGGCACAGAUGGAGGGUCUGAUCACCGGACUUCCUCCAAGAGAGAUCAGCGCCAUGUGUCUGGGUCUGGCCCACAGCCUCUCCCGUUACAAGCUGAAGUUUAGCCCUGACAAAGUGGACACCAUGAUUGUUCAAGCCAUAUCCCUCCUGGAUGACCUGGACAAGGAGUUGAACAACUACAUCAUGCGCUGUCGCGAGUGGUACGGCUGGCACUUCCCUGAGCUCGGCAAGAUCGUCACGGACAACCUGGCAUACUGCAAGACUGUCCGCAAGAUCGGUGACCGCACGAACGUGGCAACCACUGAUCUUUCAGACGUCCUGCCAGAGGAGGUGGAGGCCGAGGUCAAACUGGCUGUGGAGAUCUCCAUGGGAACAGAAGUGUCUGAGGAGGACAUCAACAAUAUCAUGCAUCUGUGUGAUCAGGUUAUUGAAAUCUCAGAGUAUCGCACUCAGUUGUACGACUACCUGAAAAACCGCAUGAUGGCCAUCGCACCCAAUCUGACCGUCAUGGUGGGGGAACUGGUGGGGGCUCGGCUCAUCUCUCACGCCGGCUCUUUGCUGAACUUGGCAAAGCACCCUGCAUCUACGGUGCAGAUCCUGGGGGCAGAGAAAGCUCUGUUCAGAGCACUAAAGACAAGAAGGGACACACCCAAAUACGGUCUUAUCUACCACGCUUCCCUGGUGGGCCAAACCUCGGCCAAAAACAAGGGCAAGAUCUCUCGAAUGCUGGCAGCCAAGACGGCUCUGGCCAUCCGCUACGACGCGUUGGGCGAAGACACCAACGCUGAGAUGGGUGUCGAGAAUCGAGCCAAGCUGGAGGUUCGACUACGCCAACUCGAGGAGAAAGGGAUUCGGCGAAUCAGUGGAUCAGGGAAAGCGCUGGCCAGAGCAGACAAGUAUCAGCACAAGAGCGACGUUAAAGUGUACGACCCGUCUGGAGACUCGACGCUUCCGACCACCGCCAAGAAGAGAAAGAUAGAGGAGGUGGAGGAGGCGGAGGAAGAAGACAAGCCUGUUGCGGUUAAGGCCAAGAAAGCAAAGAAAGAAACGCCAGCAGAAGAAGCCGAAGAGGCAGCUGCAGAAGAAACCGAGACGCCCAAGAAGAAAAAGAAAAAGAAGAAGCAGCAGAUGGAGGAGGAAGUCGGGAUGGAGGAGGAGGCUGCGGCCGUUAGCCUGGAGGAAGAGGUGGAGGAGGAACCUAACAGACCACGGAAAAAACAGAAGACUGAGCAGCUGGGACUGACGAAGACUCCUCUGAUGACUCUGUCUGGCCACACGGAGGCCGUGUCCAGUGUCCUGUGGACGGACGCAGAGGAGCUGUGCAGUGCAUCGUGGGACCACACAAUUCGGCUUUGGGACGCUGAGACGGGAGGACAGAAAAGUGCUCUGACGGGCAGUAAGGUGUUUAACUGCAUCUCGUACUCGCCGCUGUGUCGCCGUCUGGCCUCGGGGAGCACCGACAGACACGUUCGUCUGUGGGACCCGCGCUCUAAAGAUGGUUCUCUGGUUCUGAUCUCUCUGACGUCACACACCGGUUGGGUAACAGCAGUCAGGUGGUCUCCUUCUCACGAGCAGCAGCUCAUCUCCGGCUCACUGGACAACAUGGUCAAACUCUGGGACACCAGGAGUUGUAAAGCUCCUCUGUAUGAUCUGGCAGCUCAUGAGGACAAAGUGCUAUGUGCUGAUUGGACAGACAGUGGGCUGAUUUUAAGCGGCGGUGCCGACAACAAGCUCUACACGUUCAGAUACGCGGGGUGUGUGCGUGACGCUGGGGCAUAAAGUUCCAUCUCCAUCUCACCUCCUCGAAUCUGGACUCAGUCACCGGUGGAUUCACAACGUGUUAUUGCUCCUCUUUUAGAUUUUUCAUACCCAGAGUUUGUUCCACUUCUGUAUGAUCUUUUUUUUCUCUGUAUUCUCAUUAAAUGUAAAGAAACCUUCACCUGCUUGAAUAGAGAUUUAUUGACACCACAAACCAUCUCUUUGUUAUUCAUUUGUCAUUUAUAUAUUAUAUAUUUGUAACAAAUAAAGUUGAGUGCAAAAGUUUGUACACCCACAGAACACAACUUCACAGCUAGAUGUAUAAUGUGAUCAGUUUCCUUCACAACUAACAGAAAUGGUCAAAAUGUGUAUGAUAUUAAUAGUAAAAACUAUUUAAAUGUGAUCUAAAUGUCAAUGUGAAUAUAUGUUCACUCCUCGCAUUUAGAAAAUGCUUCCGAUAUCGACCGUAUCUUCAAAACAGCAAGACGUUGUUUUUUUUUUAAUAAACUAAUAUCUUUUUGUUGGAUGUUUUUGUUUUGUUUUGUUUUUUUAAUAAAUCCUGCCUUUCAAAAAUAAAACUCAAUACAUCAGUCGUCACA